UCUUUGCAUUAUCUGUUCAGAAGUUCUCCAUGUCCUCCAUCCCAUCAGAAGCAUGAAUUACGCUCGCUUUCUGACCGCUGUGAGCGCAGCAAGGAAACCAUCGGCUAUUCGCUUACUGACUGAGCUGCAGCAGCGAUCUCCUCCAUCCCUGAUCUCUCUGGCCGGAGGAGCUCCCAAUCCCAACACCUUCCCAUUCCAGUCGGCCACGGUGACGGUGAAGGGAGGAGAUGCUGUGGUGUUGGACGAGGCGCUGAUGAAGAGAGCGCUGCAGUACUCCGGCUCAUACGGGAUUCCAGAGCUGGUCUCAUGGAUGAAGGAUCUUCAGAAAAGCCUCCACGAUCCUCCCACAGCCGGCUACAGUCCAGAGAGAGGACAGAUGGAGAUGUGUGUCACCACCGGCAGUCAGGAGGGGCUCUGCAAAAUAUUCGAGAUGCUCGUCAAUCCUGGAGACAACGUCCUCCUCGAUGCUCCCACAUACUCGGGAACGCUGGCGGCCCUGCAGCCGCUGGGCGCCAACAUCAUGAAUGUGCCGAGCGAUCAGCAUGGCAUGAUCCCGGGCGACCUCCGGAAGAUCCUGGCGCGCUGGGACCCGACCGACGCUCAGAAGCCGGACUGCACCGUACCGAAGCUCUUGUACACCAUCCCCAACGGAGGCAAUCCCACUGGAGCGUCCAUGACUCAUGAGCGGAAACAGGAAGUCUAUGAACUUGCCAGGAUAUAUGAUAUGCUUAUCAUUGAGGAUGACCCGUAUUAUUUCCUGCAGUUCCAGAAACCGUGGGCACCAACAUUUCUCUCCAUGGACGUGGAUGGACGCGUCCUCCGAACCGAUUCGUUCUCCAAGAUCCUGUCGUCGGGGUUGCGGAUUGGUUUCGUGACGGGGCCGAAGCCGCUGGUGGAUCGGGUGGUUCUGCACAUCCAGGCCUCGACCAUGCACACCAGCACCUUCACACAGAUGAUCGUGUCGCAGCUGCUCCAGAACUGGGGUCAGGCUGGUUUCCUCACACACAUCGAUGGGGUGAUCGAGUUCUACAGGUCUCAGAGGAACGCCAUGCUCUCCUCCGCCGACCGAUGGCUCAGAGAUGUAGCCGAGUGGCAUCCUCCGAUGGCUGGGAUGUUCCUGUGGAUUAAAAUCAAGGGCAUUAAAGACACACAGCGGCUGAUCAUGGAGAGAGCGUUAGAGAAAGAGGUUCUCCUGGUUCCUGGAGGAGUGUUCAACAUCAUCAGCUCAGAUCCCUGUCCGUAUGUUAGAGCGGCUUUCUCUCUCUCCACACCUCAACAGAUCGAUGAGGCGUUCAGGAGACUCGCUGAUCUGAUCAAGGACGCCGUGUGAGUCGCUGAUCUCCAGGAGGAAUAAAGCCUGUGGGAAUGUUUCUAAUGUCCAGUAUCAUCAAUUAAAUGCUGCUGUCACGUGACACACACACACACACACACACACACACACACACACACACACACACACACACACACACACACACACACACACACACACACACAGACACAGACACAGACACAGACACACACACACACA